GGUAACACACAAAGUGCAGAUAAAAUGCUUACAAAAGUGAUCAUUGCAAUCAGCAUUAUCGUUUUACACACAGCUCUUGGAGCAGUGAUUCGAGAAUCACCAGAAGAAUUCAUCGCUGUCGAUUGUUCGACUCUAAACGAAUGUAAUGGAAACUGGGGAUGUGUGGAAUACUUGAUGAGUCUCUAUCGACUUGACUGUGUCACAGGACCGGUCUCCAAAAAGUCUCCUUUCGUCAAUGGCGGUGGCAAACGCGGUGGAAUGAAAAAUCUUCAAAAAAUCUUCUUGGGAAGCUACAUGACAAAACUUCGUUGAUUUGAAUCUCGAAAUCAAGUCUGAAAAUAUCCAUCUGAAAUUUUCACCACUACCUCCCUCACCAUAAACUUUCCAUCCGAUCCCCCUCUUAACCGCAUUCCUGCAAGACUUAGCUUUUUACUUUUUGACUCCACGUGGCCAAAUAAAAAGUGCCACGUGGCAUUGUUCCUAGCUGGCCGCAUAUCACUUUAUUCUUGCUGACUAUGUCUCUCUCGUUCUACUCUUCUCAAGCACUCUCUCAUUACACGUUGGAGAACAUUGAAAAUAAAAUAAUUUCUGUGUU